ACAACAUGACUGACUGACGGCGGCGGCGGCGGCGGCUGCGGUGGACGGGCACUUUCUCCGCGGCUUUAACUCCCGGAUUGUGGACGGAAAUGGAAGGGAAUGUAGUGGAGAUGGAUGCGAAUUAAUAAAAGCUGCGAUUUAAUUGUUUUUCACUGAGCCGUCAGUCCGUAGUGAAAGUGCUGGAUCCAGCAAAGUGAGCUUGUUGGCUGAGAUUUCGCCCAAACUGCUCUUCAUGUUGCAAAGCCGAGGCUCAUGACGAUGGAUUAUUUGCUGUUUUUAUACAGCCUCCUGGUCCCUGUGGUCUCUGCAGUGGAAGAGACACUUAUGGACAGCAAGUGGGCCACAACCGAGCUGGCCUGGACCACCUAUCCAGAAAGCGGGUGGGAGGAGGUCAGCGGCUACGACGACUCCAUGAACCCCAUCCGGACGUACCAGGUGUGCAACGUCCUGGAGCCCAACCAGAACAACUGGCUGCGGACGGACUUCAUCCCGCGCCGGGGCGUCCUGCGCGUUUACGUGGAGCUCAAGUUUUCGGUGCGGGACUGUGCCAGCAUCCCCAACAUCCCCGGCUCCUGCAAGGAAACCUUCAACCUCUUCUACUACGAGUCGGACGGAGACACGGCCACGGCCUCCAGCCCGCCGUGGAGGGAGAACCCUUACGUUAAGGUGGACACCAUCGCCCCUGAUGAAAGUUUCUCCCUGCUGGAGUCGGGGAUCGUGAACACCAAAGUCCGGAGCUUCGGCCCACUCUCCAAAGCCGGCUUCUACCUGGCCUUCCAGGACCUGGGCGCCUGCAUGUCCCUCAUAUCUGCCCGGGUCUUCUUCAAGAAGUGCUCCACCACCAUCGCCAGCUUCGCCGUGUUCCCCGAGACGGCCACGGGCGCCGAGGCCACUUCGCUGGUCAUCGCGGCGGGAGCCUGCGUCCCCAACGCCGUGGAGGUGUCCGUCCCCCUCAAGCUCUACUGCAACGGAGACGGCGAGUGGAUGGUUCCCGUGGGAUCCUGCACCUGCAUGCCGGGCUUCGAGCCGGCCAAGAAAGACACCCAAUGUCAGGCCUGUACGCCAGGGUCCUUCAAGUCCAAGCAGGGCGAGGGCUACUGCAUGCCGUGCCCUCCUCACAGCCUCGCCACUUCCAGGGCAGCUAACGUGUGUCCAUGCCAGAGAGGCUACUACCGCGCAGACAGCGACUCCCCGGACUCUGCCUGCACCACCGUUCCUUCAGCUCCGUUAAAUGUCAUCUCCAGCGUGAACGAAACCUCCGUGUCUCUGGAGUGGGCGGAGCCACGGGACUCUGGCGGCCGGGCUGAUGUGGUCUACAACGUGGUGUGUAAGAAGUGCCAGCACAGCGGCGGUUUCUGCGUGCGCUGUGACGAUAACGUGGACGUCUCGCCGAGGCGACUGGGCCUGGCCGAGAGGCAGGCGGCCGUCAGGAACCUGCAAGCGCACACCCGCUACAGCUUUGAGAUCCAGGCUGUCAACGGAGUCUCCGCCAAAAGCCCCUCAGCACCACACUACGCCACCGUCAACAUCACCACCAAUCAAGCAGCCCCGUCAGCCGUACCCACUGUGCACCUGAUGCGGGCCACAGCCAGCACCCUGAGCCUGUCCUGGCUGCCCCCGGAGCGGCCCAACGGGGUGAUCCUGGAUUAUGAGAUCAAGUACCAGGAGCGGGGAGAGUCCUUCUCUCACACGGUCACCGCUCAGUCCAGCUCAGCCAGGGUGGAGGGUUUGAAGGCGGGUAAAGUGUACACGGUCCAGGUCCGAGCCCGCACAGUGGCCGGCUACGGCACUUACAGUAACCCAGUGGACUUCAGCACCAGCCUGCAUGAUGAUCCAGAGCGGUCAGUGCAGGACCAGCUGCCCCUCAUCAUCGGCUCGGCCUUGGCUGGCUUCGUGGUCAUCAUCGCUAUGGUGGUCAUAGCUGUUGUCUGCCUCAGGAGGCAGCGCACAGGCUCCGAGCUAGAGUACACUGAGAAACUGCAGCAGUACGUGUCUCCGGGCGUGAAAGUGUACAUCGACCCGUUCACUUACGAAGACCCCAACGAGGCCGUCCAUGAAUUCGCCCGCGAGAUCGACAUUUCCUGCGUGAAGAUCGAGGAAGUCAUCGGAGCAGGAGAAUUCGGGGAGGUGUGUCGCGGUCGGCUGAAGCAGCCCGGCAGGAAGGAAGUGACUGUGGCCAUCAAGACGCUGAAAGCCGGCUACACGGAGCGGCAAAGGCGGGACUUCCUGGCCGAGGCCAGCAUCAUGGGCCAGUUUGACCACCCUAAUGUCAUUCACCUGGAAGGAGUGCUGACCAGGAGCUGCCCGGUUCUGAUCGUCACUGAGUUCAUGGAGAACGGCGCUUUGGAUUCCUUCCUCAGGCUGAACGACGGCAGGUUCACGGUAACCCAGCUCGUCGGCAUGCUGAGAGGCGUCGCGGCCGGCAUGAAGUACCUCUCGGACAUGAACUACGUCCACCGCGACCUGGCUGCCCGUAACGUGCUGGUCAACAGCAACCUGGUCUGCAAGGUGUCCGACUUUGGCCUGUCCCGCUUUUUAGACGACAACUCGUCCGACCCCACCUACACCAGCUCCCUGGGUGGAAAAAUCCCAAUCCGCUGGACUGCCCCCGAAGCUAUCGCCUUCCGUAAGUUCACCUCAGCCAGCGAUGUGUGGAGUUACGGCAUCGUUAUGUGGGAGGUGAUGUCGUUCGGAGAGCGGCCCUACUGGGAUAUGAGCAACCAAGAUGUGAUGAACGCAGUGGAGCAGGACUACAGGCUGCCCCCGCCGAUGGACUGCCCGGCCGUGCUCCACCAGCUGAUGCUGGAGUGCUGGGUAAAGGAGCGCAACGCCCGGCCACGCUUCGCACAGAUCGUCAGCACGCUGGACAAACUCCUGCGCAACGCCGCCAGCCUCAAAGUGCUGACCUCUGCACACUCAGGGGAUCUGUACCGUGUUGGCGGGACCCUACCUGGACACCAGAGGAAGAGUUUAGGUGGGGUGCAGGACAUGAGGCAGAUGAGCCAAACCCUUCCCAUCCGCGUUUAACCAACUACGAAAACCACCUGCCGAUGCUAAAAGGCUAAAAGAGAGAGGAACAGUAACACCACAGGAAACUACUGGAGCAAGUUGUUGGACAGCUAUUGGAAACUUGUGCAGGUCGUUUUUUUGGAUUAUCCAUGUCCAACUCCAUCUGAGGAACCUUCAGAGAACAGUUGGACCAAUCAGACAUGUGUAUAAAAUGCUAACAGGAGAACACGUGGAGUAAAAAAGCAGAAUAUUUUUGUUUUUUUUUUUGGAAUCCUCUGUGGCAGUGCCUCGGGCGGGCUUUUUUUCGUUUUCACGGCUUUCGUGUUUACACUGGACGUUCAUUAUGCAGAUCCAAUCCAUGACGAUUAUGUUUCUAUGACUCAGGUUCAGUUUGCAUGUGUGCAUGUGUUGAGGAAAGCCUCUUCUCGUCCUUUGAAGGAGAGUCUGGCCUAAAAAAAGCGCUAACAGCAAAGCUAGCAUGGCUAAGAACGGGGGAGGGCUAGCUGGGACGCAUUUAGCAUUGUCUCAUUCGUAUGCUAACAGGUUCCUGCUAGCUUUUUAGGUUUUUGUUCACUAUUAGCCAUAGCAUUUCUGGGCAGAAGCGCUCUUUUAAUGAAAUUCUUCCCUUUCUCAGCCGGCCUCGCUGGGUGAAGACGCGGGCCGAAAUAUUAUAAGCUAACCAAGUAUUAUUUAAAAAAAGAGAGAGAGACGUGAAUUAAUGUUAGCCUGAAAUAGAAAUGAAAGGCUCUGACAUUAGCUUGAGGACAUUUUCGACUAUGCCUUUCGCUUUGCUUUUUUCUUCCUUCUUAACUUGACUCUUCUGAUCUUUUCUUCAUAUUGAAGAAAGGAAUAGCGGAGAAGAGAGGAGAAGCGCGGAAAGGAUGUUUUUCCAAAGGGGGGCGGGAUGGCCGCGAAGCGAAAAAGAGGACGCUUGAGGGGCUGAAGCCGUCUCCGUCCCCUUUUCGGAGCGAAUUUCAAGGGAUUGAACCACGGGACCCUUCUGAAUCCGAAGUCGAUUCCCAAAUGUUUUGUUUACCUCUGUUGUAUUUUGUCUUCCAUGUGACAGUAUUAAGGACAUCUCCUCAUGGACGACGUUUGACUGUGAUCUUUUGGAAUUACUGUUAACUGUGAUCGAGGAGGACUUUAUAGAGUGGGUGUGGGUGUGGAUGUAUGUGUGGGUGCUCAUGUGUGUGUGUCAGAGGUGCAGCUUCAUAUGCAUGCUAGAUUCAGAGCUAUGUGAUCAACCGUAUCUGUGAAGAGAGACAACGCGCUGACUGUUGAAGGCUGUUGUUUAAUGAAUAUCCCUAUUAUUUCACAGUAAUUCACUCUGUUACAAAUAUGCAUAAUUGUGUAAAUAAAUACAGCUCACAAGAGA